GCCGGCAGCGCACAGUCGCUCUUUGAGUUUUGUCGCGUGAACAUAAUUUUUUCUGUCUUAGAAAUCUCCCAAAAGUUGCCAUGAAGUUUGUAGGAGUUUUUGCAUUGCUGUUGGCGUUGAUGUUGGCUGCACUGCUGGACUGCACAGUAGCCGCCGAUUGCGAGUAUCGCGGACAAAAGGCGAAUAAAGGCGAGAAUUUCCAAAUAAAAGGCGAGUGCAGCCAGUACACCUGCGACGGACCCGGCGCUAUCUCUGCCAAAGCUUGCCCGUCCAUUUAUGCGGCGCCAAGUUGCAAGUACACGCCGCAGGAUGACUCGAAGCCCUACCCCGCCUGCUGUGAAUCGUACGAUUGUUAGCGACCCAUGCGUGCGCGUGAAAUUGUUUUUGUCUGGUUUGAAAUGAUAAAUAAAAGAACAAAAUUUUGAAAUAUCUACAGGUUGAACAUAAAA